AUGUUUGAAAACACACGGAAAAUCUUGCAUGUAUUAAAUCACUUGCUAUUUUCAUUAUUAUUUUGCGGUAGUUUACGAAUCGACUUGGAAUCGACGACGCUUCUUCAACGGAGGAUGCAACUCCGUCUACCGCGGUUUCAAAAAGAAGCCUGCGGGUAUCGGCGAUCCGGAUCGAGAUAUACCAAUCGACUCAUCACUGAAGAAACGAGUCACGCACUCAUCACAAUCGAUCCCAAAGUGGAUGACGCCGGCCUUCUAGAUCGCGCGGAAUACGAUGGCCAAAUCGCCACUCCAUACAUCCUCAACUUGCUUGUCAUCUCGAAGAACCGUGAAUUUGCGAACGGCAUGAAGGAUACAUUUAGAACGUUCAUGCUGAAUCCUUUUACUCGAUCAGCUGCUGGAGUCAUAUUCGAGGGUCGGGGACAUUUAUAUCUAUUCAGCUCUCUCAAGUCACCACUUAUUAUUCAGCCGCUUUCGAUGGAUGAGAAACCUGUCUCGGUAAAGUUACAGCACGCUGAAAGGAUUCACUUUUUCAAGGAUCUGCCGACCAGUUUCAACAAUCUCAAUGUCAAUCUUUACUACCAACCGCUGUCCCCGACAACUCUUGGGAUCGACUCGUUUUGCCUUGAGGUGGAUGACAACGGGGUGGCCACCUCCGUUGUUUUCUUCCAGUUCACAAUUAGUGAAAAUCACCCUAUCAAUCCGUCCUUUGUGUCUAAGUUAUGGAAGAAAGGCACACGUGUUAGGAAUCAGCCCAAGUGGAAGCUCGUCUUUAUCGUCCCAUUGGAGGAUGUACCCACUUUUCGAACACAGAUAUGGAAAUCUGAUGGAGAUAUUUGGAGUCGUCGGGUUUCUCACCUACUAUGCGAGGUGGGCGAGUGA